AUGGCGCCCCGAAAACCCUCCACGACGGCGGAAGUCACUCUGGUUCCGUUAAAGAACUGUCUGGUGAACUUGCCGCCAUCUUUGACCGCACUGCUGGUCAAUGCUAAUACUACCGCGCAAAAUGUAAUUGUUGAGUUACAAUACCGAUCCACAACUGGCAAGACCAAUGGCAAUUCUGCGCAACGCUCCUGCUAUCUGGGAUGGUCCGGAAUGGCGAGCAAGCGAAAGCUUGCGCCGAUUGUUGGAAGGGAUGGUAUUAGUGGCGGUUCUUCUAGAGAACAAGAUCUCUCUACGGUCGAGCUCGAUACUACAUUCGGUAGACUUCUAGGCUUGUCUGAUGGGCAGAAGGCCUGGAUAUUCAUUCACUUGGAUCCUCCAGAGGCCCAUACAAUUAAUAUUGAGCCGCUAACCCCCGAAGAUUGGGAAAUCAUCGAACUUCACGCAACGUUUCUGGAGCUGAAUCUUUUAUCGCAAAUCCGAGCUCUGCCCAACCCCACUUAUAGUACAACAGAAGCUGAACAUAUGCACCCUCUUACGUUACAUCUUUCUCCAACCUCGACCGCCAAUAUCGUCGUUACAUCGCUCACUCCUGUCCCACCCAGCACUUCGUCUUUCACAAAGAUCGCUCCAGACGCCGAGGUUAUCGUUGCUCCAAAGGUGCGGGCCAAGUCAACACGAGGAUCUCGUGGUGACAGCCGAAGCGUCAACGGGAGCAGCCGAAGAAGUGCCGGGGGACGAAGCAGCGGAAGCACGGUACGACCGAAGAGUCGAUCAGACUCCACCAGCAGAGGGUCUCUCUAUUUCAGGGGUGUUGACCGUCAAUUGUCUGGGCAAUAUUUUGACGAAGAGUUCGAGGGUGACAAUAACGAGGGCUUCCGUGUUUGGAUUGAUCCGGACAUGCUUGCUAGCAACGAGCUACGCGGGGCCAGCUGGGUGUGCGUCACCGUCAUUCAACCUGCUGGACUGAAGCCGCCACCCGAUCCUCAACAACAACUGAAUCAGGCCGAGCAAAAAUCAAAUGACGCCGGCACGCCUGCUUCCAAACUGGUGGCUAAAUUGACACCGUGGAUCGAUGCCCCGGAUAACCAACACAUCGCCUUGUCAUCUCUUCUCUGCUCUUCUUUGGGCGCCGAGAACAUGGUUGGUGGCAUUGUUCGGAUCGAGGCAGCACCUCCACCGUUGCAGCGAUCUGCGGUGAAGUCUCUCAAAGUAUACCCCUUCGUGUCUGAUGCGUCGAAGAAGAAAGAUGGACUCAAGUUUGGUGCCGACAGUACGGCCGCGAAAGAUGCAUUGGCCGAACGUAUUAAGGUGAUAUAUGGCAGCACUGGGACAGACAAAGGGGUAUUGUCGGGUCCCUUAACAGAUGGAAUGAUCCUGCCUAAAGCUGAUAGCCAGGCGGUGUCUACAUUUGACGGCGCGAUUAUUCGAUUCGAUCCUCCACUGAAAAACGCAUCUGAAACGUCCAAACCUCCUCUUGGGUGGCUUUUGGGAUCGGAAGCUAAGCUAUCCCUCACAAUACAGUCUGAGAUACCGAGACCUAUUGAUCAAGGUUCGUCUGCUUUACCAACAGACGAACCAAUCCCCUCCAUCGCCCCAGCAAUGGUGGGUAUCGAUCGAAUUAUUUCGCAGUCCCUUGAAAAUCUGACAAAGUCAUCUUCUAUUUUAAUAACUGGUGGUCUCGGGUCGGGAAAGACAGCUCUGAGCCAUCUUUUGGCGCACCGAGUCCGGAAGGAGAACCUCUGCAACGUGAAAUACUUUUCUUGCCGGAAGCUUGUCACGGACGAGACUCGAAUCUCCAAUAUUAAAGAAACUUUGAAUCGCCUAUUCAUGUCUGCUUCCUGGAGUGCUCGUCUUGGCGGACAGUCGGUCGUGGUCCUAGAUGAUCUUGAUAAACUAUGUCCGGUAGAGACGGAACUACAGGUAGGAGGCGACAAUGGCCGCAGCCGCCAAAAUAGUGAGGUGAUCUGCUCAAUGGUCCGCGAAUAUUGCUCCAUGAACUCUCCAGUGGUACUGCUAGCAACAGCACAGUCGAAGGAAUCACUAAACAACGUCAUAAUUGGAGGCCAUGUUGUCCGUGAGAUUAUUCACCUGGGAGCUCCAGACAAGGAAGGGCGACGAAAAGUGCUGGAGCAAUUGACAAGCCAAGACAGAGAAGCUAGUGUUUCGAUGAACGGACAUGCGCGGAGUGAGAGCGCGUCUACUCAGGACUCCUGGUUGGAUCCGUCAAACCCCGGCAGUCGCCCCAGCUCCGCUGGGGCAGAUGGCUUCGUGCUCACGCGGGAUGUCGACUUUCUUGAAUUGGCUGGCAAAACAGAUGGGUAUAUGCCUGGAGACCUGGUCCUGUUGGUCGCUCGUGCUCGAAACGAGGCUCUGAUACGUUCUGUCCAAGACCCCUUGGCAGCCUCGAGAGUGAUCACGCUUGGGUUCCAAGACUUUGAAAAUGCCAUCAAGGGCUUUACCCCCGCGUCGCUUCGUAAUGUUACUCUCACGUCAUCCACAACUACAUUUUCUACCAUUGGCGGUUUGCACGCCACUCGAAAAAUGCUACUGGAAACGCUGCAGUACCCCACUAAGUACGCCCCAAUCUUUGCGCAGUGUCCCCUCCGUCUGCGCUCAGGAUUGCUGCUCUAUGGCUUCCCUGGCUGUGGAAAGACCCUCCUGGCCAGUGCAGUUGCGGGUGAGUGUGGCCUGAACUUCAUCAGUGUGAAGGGACCGGAAAUCUUGAAUAAGUACAUUGGCGCGAGUGAGAAGAGCGUGCGUGAUCUGUUCGAAAGAGCCCAGGCCGCCAGACCCUGUGUCCUAUUUUUCGACGAGUUUGACAGUAUAGCACCCAAGCGUGGCCAUGAUUCUACCGGUGUUACCGACCGUGUGGUCAAUCAACUCCUUACGCAAAUGGAUGGUGCAGAAGGAUUGUCGGGUGUUUACGUCCUCGCCGCCACGUCUCGGCCCGAUCUUAUUGAUCCUGCGUUGCUGCGUCCGGGACGAUUGGACAAGUCUUUAAUCUGCGAUAUGCCGAACGAGUCGGACCGGAUCGAUAUCAUCCGGGCAGUAAGUAAGAAGCUGAUGAUGGAUGAGGAGGUCACGGCUCGCUUGGACGAGGUGGCCGCCAGAACUGAAGGCUUUUCCGGGGCUGACCUCCAGGCGGUGGUCUACAACGCUCAUCUGGAAGCCGUCCAUGAUGCCCUCGGCGACCACUCGACGGACAAACCAGCGGCGAAAAGCAACAACACCAAGCAGUCGUCGACCGGCACCAGCACCAAGUCCUUCAUCCAGUUCCUGUACUCCACAUCUGAACAGAAUAGCUCGGUCUCCAUGCCGUCACAUGCCGCUGUCGCAUCAAAACUCGACGCGAUCAAGAGCGCCCGACGGCGCCAGCGGCAGAUAGGACAAGCGACGACAAACACCGCUGCGCCCGCCACCAACGACGUUAGCCAGAAUGAACCCCGCGAAGAGAUCGUUGUCCGCUGGGAACAUAUGGAACGAUCACUAGCCAGCACCCGCAGUUCCCUCAGUGAGGCCGAGCGGAGACGACUGCAGGCAAUAUACCGCGAGUUCGUGGUGGGCAGAAACGGAGAGAUGCCCAGUGGUGAAGCCGGGCGAGAGAUUGGGGGACGAACUAGUUUGAUGUGA